UGAUGCAGCGGCGCAUACAGGAAGUCAACAUGACAGGGAACUUGAGGUGUUUGCUUCAUUUGUAGAUAGAUACCACAAGCAGGGUGUCGUGCUGAACAGAGAUAAAAGUGGAGAGGAGUAGGGGCAACUGAGAGCUGGUGCACCAUGGAGGAGGACAUCAGGAAGAAAGGAAUGCUCUACUUACAGCAACAGAGGUUUGGCAAGAAAUGGAAAAAGGUCUGGUCGAUCCUGUACAGGGAGAGUACCUGCUCCAUCUCACGCUUAGAGUUCUUUGAAUACAAAGAUGGUGCGAGCACCCUGGAGAAAUCAGACAAAAGCCUCCGCAAGCAGCAGGAGAGCAAGAAGGUGAUCAAGCUAAGCGACUGUAUCCGGGUGUCAGAGGUGGACAUUGAGGGCUCCCCGAAAGACUGUGGCCAGUUCCAUGUGGAGACAGCAGACAAACUUUUUGUGUUUGCUGCGGAGAUGGUCGAGCUGGACGACUGGACACAGAAACUUUGUGAAAUUGCAUUCCCUAUGAACUGGGGUGAGAAAGGAGGGAUGAGGCGUAGCAGUAUGCAGCGAUCAAAGGCAGAUCCUGCAGAAAUGGGGAUGGAGGACAACUCUCUGUACAGCAGAAGAGACAGUGCAGUGAAGGACUUCAGGGUGGUGGUGAGGAGGACGGAGGCAGCAGAGCGCUGCAAGCUGAGAGGCCCCUGUGUUCUACGGACAGACUUCGACAGCCUCCUCCUCAAAGAGCCCAAAUCAGGAGAGGUUCUCUUCAGCUGGCCCUACCGCUUCCUCCGGAGGUUCGGACGGGACAAGGUGACGUUUUCCUUUGAAGCGGGACGCAGAUGUGACUCUGGCGAAGGUAGCUUUGAGUUUGACACCAAACAGGGCAACAUGCUGUUCCAAGCCCUGGAGUCCGCCAUCAACCUCCAGAGGAGUGCAGGCCAACCCCUCCGACAGGCCUCAGGAGGCCAGGAGAUGGACCCUGGGCCCAGGCUCCAGCCAGCAGGGGAGCCGGGUGUUUACAGCACCAUCAAUGAGGCCCUGCAGAGAGGCGGCUCCUCUCCCCCACACCUAGCCCAUGCCAAAUUGGAGGCCCCCACGGAAAAACUCCUCACUGGGGUCAAGAGCCUGACACUGGACACCAGAGGCAUUCCCUGCAAGAACCAGGUGAAGAACAUCUCCAGCUGCCCUUUGAUGAACAGCAAGAGUCAGACCUACUCGGAGAUCACCAUGCCUCUGGAGAGGAGGGAGCAGGAGGAUAAGCCCUCCCUCAGCCUCAGCGCUGGACCCAACCACUCCUCCGAGGACUCAGACUACUCCCUCCCCUUUGACACCAUUGCCAAGAACCUGAUGGCGGACAUACUGCUUAGUGUCCACCUCCCCCCGGGGGUGGAGCCGCAGGGCUCUGAGAGGUCAGGCUGCCAGGAGGACGAUGCUCCAGAUCCUCUCUACGACAGCAUUGAUGAGUCGGCCAUCCGAUCAGGCCUGAGCAGGUCUAAGGGCACCAAAGUCAGCUACACCAAGGCAGAGCACAUCUACGAUGAACCGGAGGGCUGUGCUGCAGCUGUAGCUUUGGAGCCCAACUGCCCCACCUCUGUUUACGAUGACCCCGAGGAGGUCGGAGGUCAUGCCUGGAAAAUCAUGGGCACCAUAGCUGACCCCAAUGGCCAUGAGUAUCCAUACAACCCUCACGUUGACGACUACGCUGUCCCCAUGCUACCAAAAAGAGCUUUUCCGCCAGAUACACUCCAACAUGAAGAGGAGGAGAACUCUCCGUAUGAUAAUGUGAGGGUGAAAAUGAACUAAAGUGAAAACCGAGGGUGCCCACACCAAAGUUGUCAUCCUGAAAAGGUAUGUGUGAGCCCAUUGUAAAACUGAAUUCAGAGGAUUUCUCAAGGGUUGUUUUCUACUGCUCCCUAAUGCUUCAUAAAACCACUCAUAUUGCAUUUUAAUCGUGGUUUAUCAUGUACCCAAUUUCUGCUGUGAAGGUCUUGAAUACACCUACAAUAACUUAUAUAUAUUUUUGCUUUAGAAAUAUACUGUGUUAUGUGGAGUUUUACACUGUAUGCUGUUGUACAGUCUUUGGCCAGCAGGAGGUACCAACACAGCUUGACUCCAAGUUUUCUUUGUAAGUACUUUUUAAUCUGUGAAGCAGGAUGUUUAAAAAAAAAAGUUGCUUAACUUGUCAUAAAUCUGAAAAUAAAUGUGAUCUUUAAGUCCUA